ACUGGGAUGAAGGCCUGGUUACAUAUCUAGUCUACAAAUGCUAUGUUGCUGCUUCCAUGUUAUGAAGCAACUGCAGGCAGUCACAGAGGGAGGGGGCAGUCCUCACAAACACGCCCCCACAGACCCACCCCACACAGACACAGCGUUUCAUAACAGCCUGAAUCUGUGCGCUCGCCGGUCAUGGCCCUGAUGUCCGUCCUCACGCCCGCUCUGGCCGCGGUCCUGUGCCUGGUGAUCGGCUUCAUCCUGCUGAAGUCUCGAGAACCGGAGACCCAGACGAGCUCCACAAAGGCGCCCGGGAAGGACUUUAGGCCGUGGGUGGACCAGGACUUACAAGACGACACCGAGACCACAGCAAGGGAAGACGAGGACGAUGGCUGGGUGGACAGCGGCGAGGAGGAUCUUCCACAUGUGCCGUACACGCCACGGCGUUACCCACAGGAGACAAUGCUGCAGAGAUCCCACGAGUUCUACGCUCUGAUGAACCAGCGGAGGUCGGUGCGGUUCCUCAGCCCAGAGCCAGUUCCGCGGGAAGUCAUCGAGAACGUCAUCCGCACCGCAGGCACAGCCCCCAGUGGAGCACACACAGAGCCGUGGACGUUUGUCCUGGUGUCUGAUACAGAGACAAAACACCAAAUCAGACUGAUAGUGGAGGAGGAGGAGGAGGUUAACUACCGUCAGAGGAUGGGAGACAAGUGGGUCCAUGAUUUAGCCAAAUUAAGGACAAACUGGAUUAAGGAGUACUUGGAUGUGGCACCGUACUUGGUCCUCAUCUUCAAACAGACCCACGGGCUUCUAUCGAAUGGCAAGAAAAAGACCCACUACUACAAUGAAAUCAGUGUCUCCAUCGCGUGUGGGAUCCUGCUGGCUGCCUUACAGAACGCAGGUCUUGUUACCGUGACGACGACGCCCCUUAACUGUGGACCUCAGCUCAGGCUGCUCCUCAAACGGCCGGUUAACGAGAAGCUGCUGAUGCUGCUUCCUGUGGGCUACCCCGCCUCUGACGCCACCGUGCCCGACCUGAAACGCAAGCCCCUGGACGACAUCAUGGUGCACAUAUGAGAGCACUGAUCCACAGAGGAAACACGCGUGUGCAUAUGAAACAUAAAAGAAUAAAGACAUACUGCAUGA